AUGUCGACGAAGCGUAAUCACAAGGAGAAGACCAUACGCCGCCACUAUAAAGAGGAGAAACAGGAGGAGCCCGAGCAUCCCAAGUACCGUGACCGAGCGAAAGAACGGAGGGAAGAUCAAAAUCCUGAUUACGAGAUUACUGAGUUGACAUCCUUUCAUGCUGUUGCCCCACCUGGAAAUGUUGAGCUUCUCUCUGCCGAUGCUCACAAGCUAUCUAUUGAGAAGAGCAAAUAUCUUGGCGGUGAUGUUGAGCACACACAUUUGGUCAAAGGGUUGGAUUAUGCUUUGCUUCAUAAAGUUAGAAGUGAAAUAGACAAGAAGCCUGAUCCUGGAGAAGAGAAAGAUGGAAAAUCUAUAGGUCCAAAGGAUGACCAGCCAGUAGCAUUCCGCACUGCAUCAGCAAAGUCGAUUUAUCAGUGGAUAGUCAAGCCACAAACUGUCAUCAAAACCAAUGAAAUGUUCCUCCCUGGACGAAUGGCUUUUAUAUAUAAUAUGGAAAAUGGGUUCUCUCAUGAUAUUCCAACCACAGUUCAUAGAAGUAAAGCCGAUUGUCCUGUACCUGAGGAAAUGGUCACUGUCAGCGUUGAUGGUUCAGUUCUAGAUCGAAUAGCUAAAAUCAUGUCGUAUCUUCGCCUUGGUUCGUCAGGGAAAGUUCUGAAAAAGAAGAAGAAAGAAAAAGAUGCAAAAGCAGGAAAGACAUUAUCUGUUUCUAAUGGAUAUGUGGAAGAUGAGAGGACAUUCAAAUCUGAUUCUCUGAAGAAUCAAAAUGCAAGAGAGAUUCUUCCACCACCUCCCCCUCUUCCCAAAAGGAAGCACCAUGACCCGAAAGAGAAACAGGAAAUGAGCGCUGUUAGGAAUGAGGAGGAUGAUAUUUUUGUGGGUGCAGGCGUAGACUACCCUAUUGCCGGUAAAGAUAUGAGCCAGAGCCCAGUCUCGGAGGACAUGGAAGAAUCUCCUAGAAAUAAAGAGAAAAAUUCCUACUUUGCUGAACCUGCCUAUGGUCCGGUUCCACCGGCAGAGCUAUCUCAUGAUUGGCAACAAGGGGUUAGUAAUGGAUAUGAUGCUAUGCAAGUACAAGCAAUGGCUGGUGGUUACCAGGGGGAUUGGCAGAACUACCAAUAUGCCGAACAAAUGGCUUAUGCGGACCAAUACAUCCAGCAGGACUUGCAAGCUUAUGAAAUGCAACCUGGUUCUGAAGUCCUCCAGGACCCACGCUUCAUGACUCAAGAAGAGAAGGAUAGGGGCUUAGGGUCUGUCUUCAAAAGGGACGACCAGAGGCUUCAGCAGCUGAGGGAGAAGGAUGCUCGUGAGAAGGACCCCAAUUUUAUAUCCGAGAGUUACUCCGAGUGCUAUCCUGGUUACCAGGAAUAUAACCGUGAGAUUGUGGACAGUGAUGAUGAGGCUGACUUGUCCAAAAUGGAUAUGGGUGGUCGGGCAAAGGGCCGGCUCCACAGGUGGGACUUUGAAACGGAGGAGGAUUGGGCCAAGUACAACGAGCAGAAGGAGGCAAUGCCCAAAGCUGCAUUCCAGUUUGGCGUGAAGAUGCAAGAUGGCCGUAAGACCCGUAAACAGAACAGGGAUCAGAAGCUUACAAAUGACCUCCACAAGAUAAACAAGAUCAUUGCCCGCAAGAAGGGUGAGGGUGGUGAGAAAAAUGAUGACUCAAGGGCUUAUGAUGACGAGCCCCAUCAAGGGAAGAAGAUGAGGAUAUGA